AUACAUGGAGAUCGGUUAUAUUCACGAAAAGCAGCAAUUUCUGACGACGAAGAAAUGACAGUUGGUUGCACCUUUUCAUUGCCUUGUGAUGAUAAAAAGCAAAUAUAUACACCAGAAGAACUUAAAGGAGGUCAGCGAAUGCUGCAAAGAAUUAUUGAUGAUUUAAAGAAAGAAGCUAUAACAUAUAUUUUGCCGAUGAAUAAUGUGGAACUUCUGCAAAACAUGAUUGCACCAUUCAACGAAUUAAUGGCUGAAGGUGUAAGGCCGGAAUUCUUAAUCGAUGCUUGCGUUAAAAAACCCGAGCUUUUUCGCAGUCUUAUCCAAAAAGGACCUUCGACUUUGGCGACAUUCAAUCUUUUAGUCGAUUCGUGUGGUUUGACAUAUGAGGACUCAAUGCGUUUUCAUGAAGAAUUCAAUGCAAAAUCUCUUGAAUCGAUUCAGAAACGCAUAAAUAUCUUUUCUCUCUGCAAUAUAAUGAGUGGACAUCAGUUGGGAUUAAUAAUUAGUCAAUAUCCGGCUGUGCUUUUUGCUUCCGAUGAUAAAGAUAUAAUUUCCAAUAUCGAUGGCCUCUUUGAAUAUUUUAGUAAAAGUCAGGUAUAUCUUUUCUUAUUCACGAGUUAUUUUUUUGCCAGUUCUAAAAAGUUUUUUAUUGGUUUUUUCCAGGUACAUAAAAUUGUUUUAUUAAAUCCUUACGUAUUAUUGGAAAAUUUUGAAAGUUUGGAAAAGAAACUCACUUACUUCUUCUACUGCAUGGGUUUAGAAAACACUGAUUUAACAGAAUGUAUUUCUUGGCCGAAUAUGUCUUUAGAAGAAAUCGUAAUGCGUCAUGAAUUUUUGGUAAAAGCUGGAAAAUAUGUGAUGCCUGAUGCUAAAAAACCUCAAUUAAAAAUAGAAAAUGCAAAAUUUGAACAAAUCAUAGAUUAUGACGAAGAAAAAUUUGUCAAUGAAUUGGGAAGAAUGACUUUUGAAGAGUGGGAUGUUUAUAAAUGUAUGUGGCAAAAGAAGAAUGAUUCGAAGGAUAAUGAACCAUUAUUUAAAAUUGUAAAACCAUCAAUGCGUAAAAAAUUUGAAAGGCAAUAUAAAGAAAAAAGAGAGGCGGAAUAUUACGAAUAUAAUGAUGGCAAUUGUUGA